AUGCAGCUUCUGAAGAGAACUAUUAUUGACGGAUGGCCAGUUUCACGUGCAGACUGUAAACAAGAAAUAAUUGAGUUCUGGAACCACAGGGACGAAUUGUCGUCUGUAAAUGACCUUAUAUUCAGAGGGCAGAGAAUCGUCAUACCUGUCUCUGCAAGAAAACAGGUGAUUGAAUCAGUGCACCAAGGUCACAUGGGUGUAGAAAAAUGUUUACAAAGGGCUAAAGACGUAAUGUUUUGGCCUGGUAUGACAAAAGAAAUCACAAAUCAUGUUUUAAAAUGUGCUUUAUGUCAAAAGUACAGGUAUUCCAACGCAAAAGAACCAUUAACUCCCCACGACGUGCCGGACCGACCUUGGCAAAACAUUGCCGCUGAUCUCUUCUCCUUUGACAGUAAGGACUACUUGCUGACUGUAGACUACUAUAGUAGAUACUUUGAGGUAGAUGCUCUACCUAACACGCAAAGCAUUACUAUAAUUAGAAAGCUAAAAAUUCACUUACCAAGGUAUGGCAUUUGUGACAAACUUGUCACUGAUAAUGGGCCACAAUUCUCUUCUGAAAUAUUUUCAGAUUUUGCAAAAGAUUGGGGGUUUUCCCACAUAACAUCCAGCCCACUCCGCCCAAACAGUAAUGGAUUGGCCGAAAGAACAGUGUCGAUUAUUAAACGGAUAUUCAGGAAAGCUCAGGAGAGUAACCGAGAUCCUUAUCUCGCGAUACUUGAGUACAGAAACACCCCUCUUGAAUGUGGCUUCUCCCCAAAUCAAUUACUAAUGGGUAGAAGAACUAAAUCUAUUCUACCUACCACAAAUUCUCAGUUACAACCCAAAACAGUAAAUUGUAAACAGGUACGCGAAAAGAUGCAAAAAAUAAAGCAGAAACAAAAAAGUUGCUAUGAUAAAACAUCAAAGCAACUACCCCUUCUUACACUUAAUGAGUAUGUCCGCAUCAAGGUCAACAAAACAUGGGAACCAGCAAAAGUGAUAAAAAUUCACAAUGACCGAUCCUUCUCUGUAAUAACUCAUGCAGGUGGCAUUUACCGCAGAAAUAGGCGAAUGCUUAAUAAAACUGAAGAAACUUUCCCAGAAAUUCAGGAAUUUUCCCCAAACAUUUUGGCUAAUAACCCUAUCACUCCCUCAAUUAAUGGAAAAAUUUCAGAAUCACACAGAUGCUGA